AUGUUGAGUCCACUGACCCGAUCGGUCAAUCAAGGAGGUCGAGCAUCCGACCUCACCUUCAAGAACCCUCUUUCCCUUCUCAAUGCGCGCGAGGCAAUUCGCGCCAGAGCAGGCUCAAGAUUCGAUCCGCACGUGGAUCCCGAUAUGGACUACGAGUCCUGGGACUCUUCCUCUGGUGGUCACUCCAAAUCCGUCUUUGGCGAUGGUUCUUUCGGAAACUCUUCAGAAGCCCUGGCCAGCUUGGAUGCUGUUCUCGGUCGAUCAUCUCGAUCCAGCACCACCGACACAUCGGUCAGUGCUCAGGCCGAAGAAUCACCCACCGCCGCUGCAGCUUUUUCCAAUCAGGCAGAGAUUCAAGAGAGGAGCAAGUGGCUCUCGUCUGGCGUCAAUCUCAACUUUGAUGCAGAGGAGUUGUCGGAGCGAGACCUAAGAGUGAGGGACGCGCUAUUCGGGACAGUCAGGGGUAGCAAGCCCGGUCUGGAAGUGGUCAGGCAGAGAAUCAGAAGACGCAAGCAGAUGAUGGAAGAUGGUGGAGGUUUGGAGGGGCAAGGCACAUCGUAA